AUGGCAGCACAUUCGGCCGGGAAGGCCAUCAAUACCCAGGACAUCACUGACAAAGCCAGGCGAGAUCUACUCCUCCUUCUUGAAAGCGUCAGAGGCAAGAAGAACCUGGUGAUCGAGCGAGCACUGGCCGGGACUAUCGGCCUCUUCGUCAAGUUCAGCACCCUUCAGGAGUAUGGUGUCGACAAGCUCUUCUUCUUGGAAAACCACAAUGUCGACUCCAGCCAACGAAAUAUCAUCUUUCUCGUGCGUGGCGAGAAGGCCAAGCAGGUGCAGACGGUAGCAGAGCAGAUCCGUCUCGUGCGAAGCGAGAGCAAGAUCGACCAUGACUUUGCUGUUAUCUGGGUACCUCGGCGGACUCUAGUCAGCAACCUGAUACUCGAAGAACAUGGCGUGCUUGGUGAGGCAAACAUCACAGAGCUGGCCAUGCAGUUCGUGCCGCUUGGCCAUGAUCUAUUAUCUCUGGAGCUCGAAGAUUCAUUCAACGACUUGACUCUGCGCAAGGAUCCUACGCCAAUCUUCGCUUCAGCCAAGGCUCUAAUGCUGCUGCAAAAGCAAUAUGGCCUUUUCCCGCGCAUCCUAGGCAAAGGCGAUAACGCUAGAAAGCUCGCCGAUCUGUUGCAGCGUAUGCGGAGUGAAGAGGAUGUCAAUGCAUCGUCUGACCCGAACAACAGUUAUCUCACUUCUUUCGGACUGACGCCGAGUACCGUGGUCGAAAACCUCAUCAUCAUUGAUCGAGAAGUAGACUUCCCAACUAUAUUAGCCACUCAACUCACUUACGAAGGUCUUCUGGAUGAGGUAUUUGGCGUAGCCAACAACACCGUUGAGGUGGAUUCGUCGGUGCUAGGUGGAGCGCCAGCACCACAGCAACAACAGACUGCUACUCCAACAACCACUCCAACAACAGCAACGAAGCGCAAAGUACCGCUCGACAGCACAGACAAGCUGUUCCCCGAGAUUCGAGAUGCAAACUUCGCAAGUAUCGGCCCACUUCUCAAUAAGACUGCACGAAGACUCCAGUCCGACCAGCAGAACAUCCAUAACCUAGAUCAACCAUUGUCCGACCUCAAGUCCUUCGUGCAGAAACUGCCAUCAUACCAAGCGGAACAGGCCAGCCUCAAGAUCCACACGAGUCUUGCCGAAGAAAUAACCAAAUUCACCAAAUCAGACACUUUCCGGCGGACACUAGAAGUAGAGCAAAACCUCCUCAUAGGGAGCGAAGGCAGCACAACACACGAAAUCGUCGAGGAGCUCAUCGCGCGUGAUAUGCCUCUGCAAACAGUCCUCCGCCUACUAUGUCUUGAAAGCUGCCUAAGCAACGGUAUCCGUCAACGGGAACUAGAGCACUUCAAGCGAAUGAUUGUCCAGGCAUAUGGGUAUCAACACCUCAUCACUCUUGCCAACCUCGAGAAGGCUGGAUUACUCAUCCCAAGAGAAAGUCAUAGAGGAUAUCUCAACCCCAUCUCCGGCUCAGCAGGCCAGACAGCUACAGAUUGGAAUGCCGUACGUAAUGGUUUACACUUAUGGAUCGAUGAAGUGGAGGAAUCGGAACCCAACGACAUUGCUUAUGCUUUCUCGGGCUACGCACCAUUAAGCGUGCGACUCGUACAAGCUGUGCUCCAAAAAAGUUACCUCCAGAACCUCGUCAGUCCGCCUCGAAGCGGUGCCCCUCCUUCCACUCUGACCGGAACAGGCUGGCGAGGCUUCGAGGACGUGCUAGCGAGGAUUAAGGGCGCGACGGUAGAUGUGGUGCAAAGGGGUCACGAUGCUGAUGUGAGCCAUGCACGGAGUGUCCUGCGAGGAAGCAAGGAAGGGCCACGGACAAGUAUCGUGUUCUUCCUGGGCGGUGUGACGUUCGCGGAGGUAGCGGCGUUGCGGUUCAUGAGUGGAGAGAUCGAAAAGGCGAGUGGGAGGAAGUUGGUGAUUGCUACGACGGGUAUGGUUAGUGGGAAGAGGGGCGUGGAAGGUAUGGUUGAGAAAAGGGGAUUUGGAGGUUGA